AUCCAUGUCUUGCUUCACUUUGCUUUUUUCCUUUGUAUCCGUUGAAGCUUUCUUUUUUCUUUCUCUUUAAAGCAUCGAAACCACUAUGUUCCCUAACUUUUACCAGUCUUUAAGCCCUCCUUGAAAUCUUUCUUUCUAAUCGUUAUUUCUCUUAACAUUUUCUUUCACUUUUCCCAGAAAAUUCCAUCCCUCGCCGGAACCAAUGCCGGUCAGCGGCGAAACCGACGACAACAACGAAAACAAUUCUAUAACUCAUAUUCUUUCAUCAAAAACACCGUUGUUCAAACUUAAACUUUAUAUAGUAAUCUCAAUCCUCGUAGUCUUCGUACUUCUGUUUUCUUUCGCAAUCUUCUUAUGUUUCCGUCUAAACAGAAACGCGCGCAAGCGGAAGGUGAAGCAUAGCUCAGGUCUUAUUCCGUUGGUCUCCAAAGAGAUCGUCGAGAUCAAGGCGUUGGAUCAAAACGUAGGUUGCUUUACAGAGGAGGGCAAAAUGGGGAAUGUGGUUCCCAAGAAGAGUAGAGAAGGAGUUAGCGAUGAUGCCUCGGGAGCCAGUGAUGUGUCGGCGGAUGUUCAGAAUAUCGGGUGGGGUCGGUGGUAUAGCAUGAAGGAGCUCGAGAUGGCGACACGUGGAUUCGCCGAGGAGAAUGUGAUCGGUGAAGGUGGAUACGGUGUCGUAUUCAGAGGCAUUUUGCAAGACGGUUCUGUCGUUGCUGUAAAAAAUCUGCUUAAUAACAAGGGCCAAGCAGAGAAGGAGUUCAGCGUGGAAGUUGAAGCCAUUGGCAAAGUGAGGCAUAAGAACUUGGUUGGUCUAGUUGGAUAUUGCGCGGAAGGAGCUCGAAGGAUGCUUGUGUAUGAAUACGUUGACAAUGGGAACUUGGAGCAAUGGUUGCAUGGUGAUGUAGGGCCUAUUAGUCCUCUUACGUGGGAUAUAAGAAUGAAGAUUGCAAUAGGAACGGCAAAAGGGUUAGCCUAUUUGCAUGAAGGGCUGGAACCUAAAGUUGUGCAUCGCGAUGUAAAAUCAAGUAAUAUUCUUCUGGACAAAAAGUGGAACCCAAAAGUAUCAGAUUUUGGAUUAGCCAAGCUCUUGGGUUCUGAAGCAAGCUAUGUGACUACACGUGUAAUGGGGACAUUUGGUUAUGUAUCCCCGGAAUAUGCAAGCACAGGUAUGCUUAAUGAGGGAAGUGAUGUCUAUAGUUUUGGAGUUCUACUCAUGGAGAUAAUUACAGGGAGAAGCCCAAUUGAUUAUUCUAGGCCACCUGGAGAGAUGAACUUAGUUGAUUGGUUCAAAGGUAUGGUAGCAAGUCGUCGUGGAGAAGAUCUUGUGGACCCAUUGAUUGAAGUUCAACCCUCACCUAGGGCUUUGAAACGAGCAUUGCUUGUUUGUCUCCGCUGUAUAGAUUUGGAUGCCAAUAAGCGCCCAAAAAUGGGGCAGAUUGUUCAUAUGCUUGAGGCAGAUGAUUUUCCUUUCCGCUCUGAGCACCGGCUGGCGCAGGAGAGAGAUACCAUUCCAUCCUCUGUGCCAAUAUCCAAGAAAAUUCCCCAUCCAAAGCGUGUUGAGAAUGUUGAUGCAGAGAAAUCAAGAUGGAGAUAAUUGUUGUUGGUUCAAGGCAGUAUGGUUCCUAAGGUCAGAUUAUGUUGUAGAAUAAGUUCUCUACUAGUUUACAUGAAAAGAUUACUCACCUUGGAUGUGCACAUAUAUAAUUUUUCUUGGUUACUUUUUGUUGAUACACUGCGGCAUUUUAGAUUUCAACCAGCCUUGUAAAUAUGUACCCCCUCUUUUUUUGUAAAACAAUAUGUACUUGCCUUUUAAUAUUUGAUAUUAUACCAGUCUGUUUAAGAAUGUCAAUCCUGUCUAUUCCUGUAUUGAUGAAGACCAUGAUAUACUUGAUGUCUGCCAAAGACUUGUUCCGUAUAAAGGAAGUAUUGUUUAA